AUGAAAUCACUUAAGGCAAAAGGUAUAGUUAAAUGCCUUUCUUGUGGAGAUGCUUUAUUCAGAGAACAUGAUGGUGUUAAGUGUAAUCAAGGGCAUGAUGUAUGCACAGAUUGUUGCAAGACUCUUGUAGAAAAUAUACUAUCAGAACCAGAAACCAAGAUUCCUGCUGAAUGCUCUCUGUGCAAAGUUAAGCUCAAUUCUGUUCGGCUAGAAAUGCAGAUGACUCCAGACCAGCUUGAAGUAUACCUGAUGUACAAAGCCAUGAAAGAUGUUGACCCGAAAGUUGACAAAGUUAUGAGUUGUCCAUUCUGCAAAUACUUUGAGAUAUGGGCAAAAGCCAAUUCGUCCAACUUCUUCUACUGCAAGAAGCAAGACUGCAAAUAAAGGAAGCUGCUCAGUUUGAUUUAAAGAAUUCAAAGUUCCCAAAGGCAUGGCUGUGACUGAGGAUGAACUUGGAAAAAUGAAAGAAGAAGGAGGCAUGCUCACUCAUCACAAGUGCUACGAGUACAAGGAUGUCAAAGAAGAUUGGGAUAAGGCAAUUGAAAGUGGUACAAAAAGGUGUUGUCCAGAAUGCAAAGUUGGAGGAAUCAAAGAUGACGCUUGCACUCAUAUGAUCUGAGACAAUUGUAACACAGUUUGGUGUUAUUUUUGAGGUAAGAAAGAAUCUGACCUUGAUAAAUCUGAUCCGAAUGGGAACAUCUUCAAACACAAUGAAGACUGGGAAAUAAAUGAUAAAAGAUGCCCAAUGUACUUGACUCAAAUAGGUCAGAUAGAUGAUAGAUGGAGUUGAGAUUCUGAUAAAGAAGCUAAAGCAUUCUUCCAUAAACUCCUGACCUACAAGAACAUCAGAAAUUUCUACAGGAAAUACAAAAAGAGAGAGUUUAAGGAACUCUGCAAAGUAUUUAUCUCGGUCGAAAAUCAUGGGUUUAAUAACCAAGAAAUCUUCUUCAUGAAUCUUACUAAAAUCAUCAGAGAAUCUUAAUUCCCGCUAAUUUUUCUUAUAUUUUUUUCAA